UCCAACAAACCCUGACAUAGAUGAUGACACCACAAUAGUGCAUCCUCGUGGUGGUUUGAUAGAUAUUGAUGAUGCCGAUGAGGAAGACGAAGAAGACACAUAUUUGACUGAUGAAGAAGAUAGAAACUUGGAUGAUAGUUUUUAGUGUCAGAUGGCUAGAGGAAGCAGUGACACGCACAGUGGUAGACGAGGGCGCGGUGAUGGUAGAGGGCGAUCAUCAUCCUCUGGGGCAUCAUCACAGGCGUCUGAUGAGGGCAUUCAUGAUUCAGUUGCCCAGAUACAGUUGGCUGGAGGUAGUGGAUCCGCUCCGACAUCAUCAGAAGAUACCGUGCCCAGCAGCCACUCGAGCACAGGGCGGAUUAUGUUGACCAUUACACCUCAGGGUAAGAUCUACCCAUACGAGUACGUGCCCAAAGCGUGUACUCAUAUUUUCAAGCAAGUUAGGAACCCUAAUGGCUUUAACUGGAAGGCGACACAUGAUGAUGUGAAGAAUUUAUAUUUUAUGGAAUUCAAGAAGCACUUCAUGUGGGAUGAUAGUAUCGAACAGGCAGUGAAGUUGGAUUUUAUGAAGAUCGCGGCUCGUAGGUAUAAAGAUUUUGUAUAUGAAAUCAAGAUGGCAAAUGAUGAUCCGAAGAAGGGAAGGCCACCAUUUAUUCAUGAGCGUGAGUGGCCUGAUUGGUUGAGUUACUGGAGGAGUGAGGCUGUGGUUAAGAAAUCAGAAACGGCCAAAAAGUGCAGAAUGUCUGAGCCUGAAGGUCCAGGAACAGGACAAGUGAAGCAUAAAGGAGGCUCCAAAUCUACUCUCCAGAUUGCCGAUGAGAUUGCCAAAAAGAAGGGCGUUGAUCCCAGUUAGUGCUUCUAUGACGCUUAUGAGGUCCUCCACGUGAACAAAGAUGGAUCAUAUACUGACCCUAGAUAUGAGACAGUUGAGGUAUGUGAUAUAACUUUUAUGAUUGUUUAGUACAUUAUAUGUUACUUAUGCAAUUACAAAUUUGUUUGUUAAUUGUAGAGAAAGAUUGAAGAGCUAAGGGAACAACAAAGUCAGCCGGUGGAUGGAUCUACUGAGCCACAGGAGGUGGACAUGGCCAAAAUAUACCUUGAGGCUGUAGGUGGAUUGGAUAAGAAGAAGAGGUUGUUUGGUGUUGGUAGUCUGGCAUCUACCCUCAGGAGUGAUGGUUCGAGUGGAUCAUCUCACGCUCGGUCCUCAGCUUAUGACGAUACAAUAGUUGGUCUCCAGAAUGAGUUGCAGAAGGAGCGAGAUGAGCGCCGACAAGAGAGUGAGAGCUUCAGGGCACACCUACUAGCACAACACGAGUACUUGACUCGCUUUUGUGCACAGUCGGGAUUGCCCCCCCCACCACCUCCGCCUCUUUGACUAUGAUAUGUAUUACUAUUUUGGAUAUGUAGUAUGUUAGACUUAGAUAUGUGUGAAAACUUAUUAGGAUUGUAGUAUGUGAAAACUUAUUAGGAUUGCAUUUGAAUGUUUGAAAACUUAUUAGGAUUGACUUGGAUGUGUGUUAUCAUUGGACUUUAGUUUGAUUUAAAUUAUCAUUGUUGUUAAA